UGAUGUGGAGUGGGUUUUGGAGGCUGGGUUGAGUUCUGCCACAGGAGAAGCAGCAGUGGUCAAAGGUAUCUCACCUGGAAACUGUUUCCCAGUCUCCCAGUCUAUCAGUGUGGAGUGUGGUCCUGAACCGAGCAGACGACAUGUCUCUGCUUCUGUAUCUGGGAGGACUGGUCGCGUUGCUGCUGAUGUGGAUCAGAGUCAAAGGUCUAGACUACGUGAUCGUUCACCAGAGGUGGAUCUUUGUUUGUUUGUUCCUGCUGCCGCUGUCCGUCAUAUUCGAUGUCUAUUACUAUUUGCGCACGUGGCUCAUAUUCAAGAUGUGCUCUGCGCCCAAACUGCACGACCAGCGCGUGCGAGACAUCCAGAGACAGGUGCGUGAGUGGAGGAAGGAGGGGAGUAAGACCUUCAUGUGCACCGGUCGGCCCGGCUGGCUCACCGUGUCUCUCAGAGUCGGCAAAUACAAGAAAACACACAAAAACAUCAUGAUCAAUAUGAUGGACAUUCUGGAGGUGGACACAAAGAAGCAGGUGGUGAGAGUUGAGCCGCUGGCCAACAUGGGCCAGGUAACUGCUUGCCUCAACUCUAUUGGCUGGACUUUGCCUGUGCUGCCGGAGCUAGAUGACCUCACUGUGGGUGGUUUGGUGAUGGGUACAGGCAUUGAGUCGUCCUCUCAUAUUUACGGCCUGUUUCAGCACAUCUGUGUGGCAUUUGAACUGGUGCUAGCUGAUGGCAGUUUAGUUCGCUGCACUGAGGAGGAAAACUCCGACCUGUUCCACGCGGUCCCUUGGUCCUGUGGUACUCUGGGAUUCCUGGUCGCAGCUGAAAUCAAAAUAGUCCCGGCUAAGUCGUGGGUGAAGCUGACCUAUGAGCCAGUCAGAGGGCUGGAGAACAUCUGCAAGCGCUUCACCGAAGUGUCGGAGAACAAGCAGAACACCUUCGUCGAGGGCCUCCAGUACAGUCUGGACACCGCUGUCAUCAUGACAGGAACCAUGACUGACCACGCAGAGCCUGAUAAGAUCAACAGAAUCGGGCUGCACUUUAAACCCUGGUUCUUCAAACACGUGGAGAGCUACCUGAAGAAUGACCACACUGGAGUGGAGUACAUUCCUCUGAGACAGUACUACCACAGACACACACGCAGCAUCUUCUGGGAGAUUCAGGACAUCAUCCCAUUCGGUAACAAUCCGGUCUUCCGCUGGGUUUUCGGAUGGAUGGUUCCUCCUAAGAUCUCUCUGUUGAAGCUCACACAGGGAGAGACCAUCAGGAAGCUUUACGAACAGCACCACGUGGUCCAGGACAUGCUGGUGCCCAUGAAGAAUCUGCAGGACGCCAUCACAUGCUUCCACGAGAACAUCAAAGUUUACCCUCUGUGGCUGUGUCCGUUCCUGUUGCCUUCAGGCAGAGGGAUGGUUCAUCCCAAAGGUGAAGAAGAUGAGCUGUACGUGGAUAUCGGGGCUUACGGAGAACCUAAAGUCACAAACUUUGAAGCUAAAGCAACAACACGUCAGCUGGAAAAGUUUGUGAGAGAUGUGCAUGGGUUCCAGAUGCUCUAUGCAGAUGUGUACAUGGACCGAGAGGAGUUCUGGGAGAUGUUUGAUGGACAACUGUAUCACAGACUGAGAGAGGAACUGGGCUGUAAAGAGGCUUUUCCCGAGGUUUACGACAAAAUUAGUAAAUCUGCUCGACACUGAGACAAUGUCUGCAACUCACAAUAGGAAGACAUUUCCUCAAAAGCAAUAAGCUGUUUUUCACAAAGAUACAUAUCAGACUUUUCUAUGGUGGAAUUAAGCUUUGUACAAACAAGCUAAAACGAGAGACUGUGUCUUUAAGGUGACAUCUAGUAGGGAAGUUGCGUGUUGCAGCUGAAUACCCCUCACCUCACCCUCCUCUUCCAAACAUGAGAGAGAACCUGUGGUAGCCUUCAGUUUUCAUAAAAAACUCAAAGGGGGUUUAGUUUGUCCAGACUAGGCUACAACAUGGUUGCCUCUUAAGUAUUUGAAUACAAACAAGCCAAUCUAGGAUACAAAAUGUAAAAAAUUGGCUUAUAUUUUGAUAUGUAAAUGAGAAAACAUCUCAUUGAGCGAUUGAAUGUAACAGUAUCAGACCCUUUUGGAUUUAAAAUGUACAUUAAAGAAUGGUUUCCCCAUUGUC